AUGACUGCAUCUCAUAAUUCUGUUGCGUCGGAAUUUACUUAUGCACCCAAAAGAACCCUUAAAAUGAAUGAAGAUACGAAAACUCUGAGAGCUCGUUUGUUGUAUCAGAGUAAGAAAAGAGGCAUCCUUGAAAAUGAUAUAUUAAUUGGUGACUUCGCUGAAGAAAACUUGCAGAAACUCAGUCACGACGAGUUGUUGGCGUACGAUCGUUUGAUUAAUGGUGAACAUAUGGAGUGGGAUUUGUAUUACUAUAUGUCUGGAAAGAAGGAGCCGCCAAAAGAAGUUGCCAGCAGCCCUGUUUUCCAAAUGCUGAAAAAGUACGUUGCUGAAAAAGCUAGAUUAGCUUCAAGGUGA